AUGACUGGCCCAGCUGCUAGUCUCGAGCAUCCCAAGCACCCAGAUCCCUGCAGUGGGGUGCAGUGCCGAAGGGGGCACCAGUGCAUCGACAAGAAUGGAGAGCCAGAUUGCAUCCCUGACUUUCGAACCUGCAACUCAGUGUACUGCAAAGAAGGGACUACUUGCAAUAUUGUACACGGCUGGCCCAGGUGCGUCCCCAGCCCGCCGUCCUGCCAUCACAUCAAAUGCAAAAAGGGGACUGUGUGCAAACUUCAGAAUGGCUGGCCCAGCUGUGUCCCUGUGCCAUCCUGCCAGAACACUCAUUGCAAGGACGGGACCUUUUGCCAGAUGGCAGACAGUGGGCCCACGUGCAUCCCUGUACCAUCCUGCCAGAACACCCAUUGCAAGGAAGGGACAGUGUGCAAUAUCAUAGAUGGCUGGCCGAAGUGUGUCCCUGUGCCAUCCUGCCAGAAGACCCACUGCAAGGAGGGGACCAUGUGCCAGGUCAUAGACGGCUGGCCCAAGUGCACCUGUGCUGACCUGNAGGUCAUAGAUGGCUGGCCCAAGUGUGUCCCUGUGCCAUCCUGCCAGAACACUCAUUGCAAAAAGGGUACCAUGUGCCAAAUCAUAGAUGGCUGGCCCAAGUGCAUCCCUGUGCCAUCCUGUCAGAACACCCACUGCAAAAAGGGGACCGUGUGCCAGGUCGUAGAUGGCUGGCCCAAGUGCAUCCCUGUGCCAUCCUGUCAGAACAUGCAUUGCAAAAAGGGCACCGUGUGCAAAGAUAUAGAUGGCUGGCCCAAGUGUGUCCCUGUGCCGUCCUGCCAUAACACCCAUUGCAAAAAGGGCACAGUGUGCAAAGAUACAGAUGGCUGGCCCAAGUGUGUCCCUGUGCCAUCCUGCCAGAACACCCACUGCAAAAAGGGGACUUUUUGCAGCAUAGUAGAUGGCUCGCCUAGGUGUGUCCCUGUGCCGUCCUGCCAAAACACCCAGUGCAAAAAGGGCACAGUGUGCAAAGAUACAGAUGGCUGGCCCAGGUGUGUCCCUGUGCCAUCGUGCCAGAACACCCACUGCGAAAAGGGGACUUUUUGCAGCAUAGUAGAUGGCUCGCCUAGGUGUGUCCCUGUGCCGUCCUGCCAAAACACCCAGUGCAAAAAGGGCACAGUGUGCAAAGAUACAGAUGGCUGGCCCAGGUGUGUCCCUGUGCCAUCGUGCCAGAACACCCACUGCGAAAAGGGGACUUUUUGCAGCAUAGUAGAUGGCUCGCCUAGGUGUGUCCCUGUGCCGUCCUGCCAAAACACCCAGUGCAAAAAGGGCACAGUGUGCAAAGAUACAGAUGGCUGGCCCAGGUGUGUCCCUGUGCCAUCGUGCCAGAACACCCACUGCGAAAAGGGGACUUUUUGCAGCAUAGUAGAUGGCUCGCCUAGGUGUGUCCCUGUGCCGUCCUGCCAGAACACACAGUGCAAAAAGGGGACUGUGUGCAAGGUUGAAGAUGGUUGGCCAAAAUGUGUCUCUGUACCAUCCUGCCAGAAUACCCAUUGCAAAGAAGGGACCCUCUGCCGGGAGGAAGGUGACUGGCCCAAGUGUGUCCCUGUGCCAUCCUGCCAGAACACCCGCUGCAAAGAGGGGACUGUGUGCAAGCUUGAUGAUGGUUGGCCCAAGUGUGUCCACAUCCCACCAUCCUGCAAAGAAAUCCAGUGCAAAGAAGGAACAGCGUGCAAGAUGGUAAACGGCUGGCCCAACUGCCUCCCUGUGCCGUCCUGUCAGAACACCCAUUGUAAAGAGGGCAUGGUAUGUGAGAUGCUUCAAGGCUGGCCCAUGUGUGUCUCCUCCCCGCCUUCAUCAUGUGCUGCCUUUUUGUGCCAAGAAGGGACCAUGUGCGAGAUGGGGAAGGAUGGCCCCAGGUGUGUUCCCGUGCCACCAUCCUGCCUGAAUUUCCAGUGCCCACCAGGGACUGUGUGCGAGAUUGUUCAUGGCUGGCCCAGUUGUGUCCCAGUGCCAUCCUGCCACCACUUCAAGUGCAAACAGGGCACUGUGUGCAAACUGGUGAAUGGCCAGCCAGAGUGUGUGCACACCCCACCAGCCUGUGAGGGAGUACAUUGCAAGGAAGGGACUGUGUGUAAGGCCAUCGAUGGCUGGCCCAAGUGUAUGCGAUUUUUCAGAGCUGCCCCAUUGUCUCCACCGUCUUGUGCUGAAACUGCCUGCAAACCGGGCACCGUGUGCCAGAUGGUGGAUGGCUGGCCCAAGUGCAUGCCAAAGAAACCCUCCUGUGAUGGCAUCCGUUGCAAACCAGGUACCGUGUGCCGGAUGCUGGAUGGUUGGCCCAAGUGCGUGCAGAAGAAACCCUCCUGUGAGAACAUCCGUUGCAAACCAGAUACUUUGUGUCAGAUGGUGGACGGUUGGCCCCAGUGUGUGCCAAGGAAACCCUCCUGUGAUGGCAUCCGUUGCAAACCAGGUACCGUGUGCCGGAUGGUGGGCGGCUGGCCCAAGUGCGUGCCGAAGAAACCCUCCUGUGACAGUGUGCAUUGCAAACCAGGCACCGUGUGCCAGAUGGUGGACAGCUGGCCUCUGUGUGUGCCAAAGAAGCUCUCCUGCGACAGCAUCCGUUGCAAACCAGGUACUGUGUGCCAUAUUGUGAACGGCUGGCCGCAGUGUGUGCCAAAGAAACCCUCCUGUGAAACCAUCCUCUGCAAACCGGAUACCUUGUGUCAGAUGGUGGAUGGUUGGCCCCAGUGUGUGCCAAGGAAACCCUCCUGUGCUAGCAUCCGUUGCAAACCAGGUACCGUGUGCCAGAUGGUGAAUGGAUGGCCCAAGUGCGUGCCAAAAAAACCCUCCUGUGAUGGUGUGUAUUGCAAACCAGGCACUUUGUGCCAGGUGGUGAACGGCUGGCCCAAGUGCGUGCCAACCCACAAGUCCUGCGACACUGUCCAGUGCAGCAAAGGGAUGGUGUGCGAGGUGGCAGGUGGUUGGCCCCAGUGCGUCCCAGCAUCGCGCUCCCAGCCCAUCUGCUGGGCCUCAGGCCACCCCCACUACCACACCUUUGACGGGCACAGCUACGACUUCCAUGGCACCUGCAGCUACACUGUGGUCAAGACCUGCAGCCAUAAGCCCAAGCUCCCUGCCUUCCACAUCAUCGCCAAGAGCCAGAAGCGCGGCAACACACGGGUCUCCUUCGUCAGCCAGGUCACCGUCAAGGCCUACCACUACAACAUCACCAUGGUCAAGUACGAGUAUGGGCUCGCCAGGGUGAACGGCCAGCGGACCCGCCUGCCUGUCUCCCUGCACGACGGGAAGCUCUGGCUCCACCAACGGGGAGGCCAGCUGGUCGUGGAGGCUGAGUUUGGCCUGAAGGUCUACUACGACUGGAACUACUAUCUGGUGGUCAAAGUCACCAAGGCCUUCCUGGGCCGGCUGUGUGGCCUGUGUGGCAACUACAAUGGGGACCCCAGUGAUGACUUCCUCACCCCCUCGGGGCACCCAGCUGCCAAUGCCUUGGAGUUUGGCAAGAGCUGGAAGGUGGAGGAUGGUGACAGACAGUGCCGGCAUGCCUGCAAGGGGAAGUGUGGGGGCUGCUCACCGGAGUUGGUGAGGCACUACCGCGGAGAGGCCUACUGUGGUCUGAUCACCAAGACAGCCCAAAAUGGCCCCUUCCGGCGUUGCCAUGCUUUGAUCAACCCCAAAGCCUUCCUGGAUGACUGCGUGGCCGACCUCUGCACCUACGAUGGCUACAAGCAGAUCCUGUGCCGGGCGCUCAAGACUUACGCGGACGCCUGCCAACGGGAGGGCGCAGUGGUGAAAGACUGGAGGAAGCAAGCCGGCUGCCCUCUGCCCUGCCCAGAGAACAGCCAGUACCAGCUCUGUGGCUCUGCCUGCCCUUCCACGUGUAACGACUUUGCAUCCCUGGACAAGUGCCGCUUGCCCUGCAUGGAGACCUGCCAGUGCAAGCAGGGCUACAUGCUGGACGGGGGUCAGUGCAUCCCCAAGGGGCGCUGCGGCUGCAUCCACAAGGGGCGUCUCUACGCCCCCGGAGAGCAUUUCUGGGGGGAUAAGAUGUGCCGGCAGAAGUGCCAGUGCAACCUGCACAGCAGGAAGGUCACCUGCCAGAUCUCCCGGUGCCAGGAGGGUGAGGAGUGCCGGGUGGCCAACGGCAUCCGGAGCUGCUACCCCACCCGCUACGGAACCUGCUCCGCCCUGGGGGAGUCGCACUACAUCACCUUCGACGGGCUGCACUACGACUUCCGCGGCACUUGUGUCUACCUCCUGGCUGGCUUGUGCCACAAGAACUCCAUCCUGGUGAAGUUCCAGGUCCUGGUGCAGUACCAGAGGAAGGGCAGCAAGAAUGGCUCUGGCACCAAGGUGGUAGAGAUCCAGGUCUACGGAGUGAAGCUUGUCAUUAUCCACGGAAAGGUCCGGCUGAACGGCCUGCAGAUCAACCUCCCCUACAAUAUUGACUAUGACAAGAUCUCUGCCUACCACCGGGGCUGGGACAUAGUAGUGAAGACGGCCUUUGGCCUAACAGUGACCUUUGAUGGCCAGAACCACAUCCGGGUGAAGGUGCCAGCCACCUAUGGCCGCUCAGUGUGUGGCCUGUGUGGCAAUUUUGAUGGGGAAGAUGCCAAUGACAUGACCAUGAGCAACCUGCUGCCGGCGCCCACCCCAUCGGACUUUGGAAGGAGCUGGAAGGUCCGGGACAUCCCAGGCUGCAUGGAGAUGGAGAAGGAAGACUGCAUGGACAUAGCGAGGGUGGAGAAGCAGCAUAGAAAGGGCAAGAAAGAGUGCGGGCUCCUCCUGGCCAGGGAUGGCCCAUUCAAGAAGUGCCACAACAAGGUGAACCCAGAGGGGUACUUCAAAGACUGCAUCUUCGACCGCUGUUCCCACAAGGACAACCAGACUGUGGUCUGCCACAUCCUCGCCUGCUACGCUGCAGCCUGCCAAGCAGCUGGUAUCAAGGUCUAUGAGUGGAGGACCAAUAAAUUCUGCCGGCCACCCUGCCCCCAGAACAGCCACUACGAGAUGUGCUCCAGCAGCUGUCCAGCCACCUGCCGCAGUCUCUAUGUCCCGACCCGCUGUCCCAGCAAGUGCCGGGAGGGCUGCGUGUGCGACGAAGGCUUUGUGCUGAGCGGUGAACAGUGCGUCCCCCUCUCCCAGUGCGGCUGCGUCCACCGGGGCUUCUACUACAAGCCAGGCGAGACCUUCUACCCCAACGGCUUCUGCAAGCAGAAGUGUUCAUGCCAGGCCGGAGGGAUCGUGGAAUGCCACCAUUUCUCCUGCGGCCCCAACGAGGAGUGCCGGGUAGUGGACGGCAUACAGAAGUGCCACCCAGUGGUGCCCAGGACUGGCACAUGCCAUGCCGCUGGUGACCCCCACUACCUGACCUUCGACGGCUUCCCCUUCGAUUUUCAAGGCAACUGCACCUACGUCCUUGCCAAGAGUUGUGUCCGAAAGGGCUACCUGCCUUCCUUUGCCAUCCACGUGAAGAAUGAACGGCUGGGCAGGAGCAAAGCUGCUGUCACCAACACUGUGUCCAUCAUCGUCUACAGACGCACAUUCACAUUAGUGCGGAACAGGAACGGCAUUGUCCUGGUGGAUGGCAUCUCCUACUACCUUCCCUUCCAGCUGGAGAGUGGCUUGGUGCGUGUUUACUACCAUGGUGCCAAUGUGGUGUUGCACACCAAAUUUGGCCUGCACAUCUCCUUUGACCUGAACUACUAUUUGGCCAUCACUGUGCCCAAGAGCUACCGUAGCCAGACCUGUGGCCUGUGUGGCAACUACAAUGGCAAACCACACGACGAUCUCCUGCGGCCCAACGGCCACCUGGCCCGAGACCUGCGGGACUUGGGUGUCUCCUGGAGGGUGAAAGUCCCCGGGGCGGUGUGUGACCACGGCUGUGCCAGCCUGGUCUGCCCCGCCUGCCAGGAGUCCCGGAAGGCAAGCUACGUCCACAACAACUACUGCGGCAUCAUCCGGGCACCCUAUGGACCUUUCAGUGCCUGCUACUCCACCCUCAACCCCACCGUCUUCUUCAACAACUGUGUGCACGACUUGUGUAAAGCUGGGGGGAACCGGCGGCUGAUGUGCAGGUCCAUCCACAGCUACGUCACUGCCUGCCAGGCCGCUGGUGUCAAGAUCAAGCCCUGGAGGACCAAGAAGUUCUGCCCCAUGAACUGCCCAGCCAACAGCCAUUACAAACUCUGUGCCAACCCCUGCUCCAGUGGCUGCAAAGGAGUGGCCAACAUCACCAAGUGCCCCAAGAUCUGCGCUGAAGGGUGCCAGUGCAACAAAGGCUAUUUCAGGGCCGGCAACGAAUGCGUCUCCAUUCGGCACUGCCACUGCUUCCGCAAGGGCAGGUAUUACAAGCCAGGUGAGAGGGUGCUCACGGCACGGUGCCGGCAGCGGUGCAGGUGCAUCCCAAGAGGUGGGGUGGUGUGCCAGUCAUUCCAGUGCCCAGCAGGGGAACUCUGCGAGCUGAGCCAAGGCCGAUGGGGCUGUGUGAGACGGGACGGGAACUGCACCGUCACCCGAGGCGACGUCUUCACCUCUUACGAUGGGGUCUCAGGGAAGGUGCCCCUGGAUGGCACCUAUGAGAUCUCCUCACUCAUCGACACCAGGGCCCCCAGCUGGUUCCGGGUGGUGGUAGAGUUCCAGACCUGCAAAAAGUGCCGUGCACCCAGAGUCACGGCCAUCACCGUCUACUUUCACAAGCUCACCAUCCUGGUCAACCGCAACGGCAGAGUCUUGGUGAAUGGGCGCCCUGUGCGGCUCCCGGCCAGGCCCUCCAGAAUCGUGUCAGUGAGCCGGGCAGGGAAUGUGGUGACCGUGGCCCAGGGCUCGGCACUGCGGGUUCUCUUCAGCACCAGUGGGGACGUGACCGUGAGAAUUAAUGGGAAGCUUGCCAGGAAGGUGCAAGCCGCCUGCGGGAACUACAACGGGAACAGUGCCGACGACCUGCGCCUGCCCGAUGGGACAGUCCUGGACAACAUCGGCGAGGUCCUCAGCUACUGGAGAUUCUCCGAGAACCCCCAGGAUGAUUACGACUGA